UUGACUCCCUUGUCGUACUCUCCUUCAGGGUCUCGUCCGUCCGCCCUUCCACCACCUUCUCGGGAGCUGUAGACAUGAGACCUCCGAGAGGUGGUGGCCGAGGUGCAGGCCCAAGAGGCAGGGGUGAUGGCGGCGGAGGUAGAGGCAGGGGAAGAGGAGCCGGAGGGAGAGGUGGCCGUGGGGUUGGCCGCGGCCGUGGCCGUGGGGGUGGCCGCGGCCGUGGGGCUGGUAGGGGUGGAAUGGGCCGUGGUGGCAAAGGUGGAAUGAAGGGUGGGAGCAAGGUCAUCGUCCAGCCCCACAGGCACGACGGGGUCUUUGUGGUCAAAGGGAAGGAAGACGCCCUCUGCACAAGGAAUUUGGUCGCUGGUGAAUCCGUUUAUGGUGAGAAGCGCAUUUCGGUUCAGAACGAGGAUGGAACUAAGGUCGAGUACAGGAUCUGGAAUCCCUUCCGCUCGAAGUUGGCAGCAGCCAUUAUUGGUGGUGUUGACAGUAUAUGGAUGGGUCCUGGAUCUCGAGUACUGUAUCUUGGGGCUGCGUCAGGGACUACUGUGUCUCAUGUGUCUGACAUUGUUGGACCUACAGGAGUGGUUUAUGCUGUUGAAUUUUCACAUAGAAGUGGUAGGGACCUUGUGAACAUGGCAAAGAAGCGAACAAAUGUUAUUCCCAUAAUUGAAGAUGCUAGGCAUCCUGCAAGGUAUCGGAUGUUGGUUGGCAUGGUGGAUGUCAUUUUUUCAGAUGUUGCCCAGCCAGACCAGGCAAGGAUUUUAGCACUAAAUGCUUCUUAUUUCUUGAAGAAUGGUGGCCGUUUUGUGAUCUCAAUUAAGGCAAAUUGUAUUGAUUCCACGGUGCCUGCUGAGGCUGUGUUCGCCCAAGAAGUGAAGAAACUGCAAGCCGAGCAGUUCAACCCAAAAGAGCAGGUUACGCUGGAGCCAUUUGAGCGUGACCAUGCUUGCGUUCUUGGUGGUUAUCGGAUGCCCAAGAAGCAGACGGUAGCCACGGAAAGCUAGGAUUAGAAUUUUCAUUUGCCACCAUUUUGAUUUGCGUUCUUGGUGGUUAUCGGAUGCCCAAGAAGCAGACGGUAGCCACAGAAAGCUAGGAUUAGAAUUUUCAUUUGCCACCAUUUUGAUUUGCUCGUUGUACCUGCACGACACUUUGGGUUAACACUGCAAUUCAUACGUAGGCUAUAUUUUAGGUCAUUAUCUUCUUCUAAUUAACACUUAUAACUUGGGAUCAUGUGACUCUGGAGUUGUCAUUUGGAUAAUUAUUACUCUGUGAUAGAAAAUCAAUUGUAAUUUUGACUGCUAUUUUAUGAA